AUGGCGGAGUCUCAGCUGCUUUGCCUGGACGACACUCAUGUGAACGAGAAGCUUAGCGAGCACCACCCGCGGUACUACUACAGUGAGGAGUGGCGGCGGGCCCUGGAGCUGCUGGUGGGCAAGGGGGAAAAGGCGUACAAGGACUGGCUGAAGAAGGAGCAAGUGCGCGACUUCCUCUCCAGCCAGGAGCUGCAGGCCUUACGGGAUGCCUGGCGCGCUUACGAUGCCCACCUCGACGACGGCGGCGGCGGCAAAGCUCUCACCGACUCCUCGGGGAAGCCCCUCUCCCUGGCCUACUGGCCCGACCACUCCGACACCGAGAUCCCUCCGCUGGACAUGGGCUGGACUCACAACACGUUCUACCGGGGGGCCACUCGCCUGGCCCUGUUCACGCACCCGCGCAAGGAAGACAACGCGCCUCACGUCAAGCAAGUGGCGCGCGAAAUGAUACAGCAGGCGCAGAAGAUCAUUGCAAUAGUUAUGGACGAGUUCACUGAAAGGGACAUCUUCCAGGAUACUGUAGAUGCAGCAUACAAGCGUCGGAUCCCAGUCUAUAUAAUCUUGGAUGAAGAAGGCUCUAAAUUCUUCCUGGAGAUGUGCAAAUGUAUGGAGCUCAGUGAAUUCCAUAUCCGGAAUAUCCGUGUGCGUUCUGUGACUGGAGUUGGGUUCUAUAUGCCAUCAGGGAAGAUUAAAGGUAAUUUGGCCUCCCGUUUCCUGAUGGUGGAUGGUGAUAAAGUUCUUACAGGAUCCUACAGUUUCACAUGGACAUCAUCCCACAUAGACAGAAACAUUAUCUUGUACUUGACCGGACAACAUGUGGAGAUGUUUGAUAUUGAAUUUCGUGAGCUCUAUGCCAUUUCAGAGGAGGUCAGUCUCUACAAGGAGCUAAAUAUUCCAUGCCCUUUCCGUCAAGGCAUCGGGAAACUGGGAUUUUCCUCCUCCACUGUGGCUCGGAAGGUUAUCAAUCCAAAAUAUGGACUGGUGGUGGGAGUUCCUCCAGGAGAAAUGAUGCGCUGGGCCUCCCACCAGAGGCAGGAAACACAACGGAAUCUAGAAGGAAGGGAAGAAAGUGAGUCCAAUAAGAGACUACAUAGUUUUCUGAAUGACCUUGUAACAGUAGAACAGGUGCUGCCAGAUAUUGAGCCUCCCCUUGAGGACCUGAACAGAGCAAACAGAAGUCCUCAGAAGUUACUUUCCUGGUUCCACAUGGACCUGAAAUAUAAAUCCAAAUCUAGAGAGUCUAUCCGUGACUUCAGGAAGGAUGAUGUUGCCAAUGGAGAAGUUGGUUCCAAACAGGGCAAGAAGUUUGGGAGUGGAUUUUUCAGAAGGGCCAAGCGACCACCACCUUUGAAUGCUGAUGCCAACUCUGUUACCAGUGAAACUGCUGAAGAGUUUGUGAUUGUAAAGGUACCAAAGGAGAGCCAGGAAAGCUUUUGCCCUACUAGUGUUCGCAGUAAUGGUGGCAACUCAGGUAAAGUGAGUUCGAGCACUCUUUCAGGAGAAAAAGCCAAACAAUCAACCUGUGUAGUUUCAUGA